GAAGAGUCGGCAUGCUGCGAGCCUCGGUCCACAGAGGCUCCUCCAGGCUGACUGCGGCCGCAUUGGCGCGGCCAGCGCCGGCCGUGGGCGGCGUGCGGCGCCUGACAGACCGGAUCCCGGAGAACGAGGAGCAGUCGACUGGCAUGGAGAAGAAGGAGGAAAUGCAGACGCCAGACAUCUUCUGGAGCCGCGAGCCGAUCACGGGGCACAAGGGGACAAAGGACAACCCAGCCAUCGUCCCCUCGUACAACGAGUCGCGUGUGGUGGGUCUCGAGACGCAUUCGGGCGUCAUUUGGUUCCGGUUGGUCAAGGGGCCGCUGCACCUUGUGUGCGGGCAGUACUUCAAGCUCAACCAGAUUGAGGGCGGCGACCACUGAGUGGGCGGCACUGGCGGACGCAGCGGGGCUCAGUGCCGGCGGGGGUGUGAGCGAGGGCUCCGCCACCGAGGCAUUCCACAUGUGCUUGCCUCCUUCCACACCAUCAACCCUUCGGUCCGUUCUUCUUUCCUGCGCUGCCAUGCCGCUCCUCGCCGCCAAUCGUACCUAGAGUCUUCACCAUAGCACCAUCCCCCGCCCCUCCCUUGUCUUGUGUGUCUGAAUCAUCCUCUCUCUCUCCCUCUCUCUUUCUCUGCAGGGCGCCCCCGCGUAUGCGUCGGAAGGCAUGACAUCCCCGUGUCUCUCUUCGCUUUACGCUGCACGCGGUGUGUCUCA